CGGCAAAUGAAGUCCUUAUGCAAAGCAAAACACCAUUAAAGUUGAUCUGUUCCUGAUUUCUUAACUAGCACUACUAGUACCACUUGGUCAGAUUUCACGAGUCAGAAGCGUAACCGCGAGCACAUCUGAGUACGCGGCGGAAGGGUCAAGCGUCAAACGCGCUUGCCCAUUUGCCCGGAAGAACUGCGGCACGGAGUCGUCGCCGCCCUGCCCGCUUCUUCUUCCCUGCGCUUUCCGAGCAGCUGCAGCUCCUCUAGUCCUCUUCUCCUGUACAAUUCUCGAGCCGAGCUCAGGAUCGCUCAAAGCAACAACAAACAAAGAAUCACCUGCCUGCCUCCUCCGAUACCCCAAUCGCUCCACGCCCCUUCCGCGGGUAGCUCACGCUCUCGACCGACCUUGGGCGCCGCCGACGCAGGCGAGCAACAUGGAUCCCGCCGCCACGGCCUACCCCGUCGCGCGAGACCCGCCGCCGCGGCCGCCCCCGCAGACGGCGCAGCUGGGCCAGGGCCCGGGGGCGGCCCCCGGCCCGCACCGGACCGGAUGGGCCGUCCCAGCGAUCCUCUCGCUGGCGAUCACCGCGGCCUUCGCGUGGGCCGUGUACCGGGCGCGGCACAGCGGGCGGGACCUGGCCUUCGUCAUCACCACCUACUACCUCCUCGCGCUGCUCUACUGCUGCCUCGGCAAGCUCGACCUCCUGCGGGGCCGGGCCAUCGACGACCCGGAGCGGCGCCGGACCAGGUUCGCCGUCUGGGCGCUGGCCGUCGCGCUGGGGAACACCGUCGCGAUCCGGGUCGCGGACGCCAUGCCUUACCUGGCGCUCAAGAUCGCCGUCUGGGUCGUCACGGCCGUCGCCAUGGGCGUCGCGUUCUACUUCCUCUUCCGCGGCAACAUCCGCGCCGCCGACGCCGCCCGCCCGCGGACGGAGAGGGCUCUCCACGAGAUGUCCCCGGAGCAGAGGGUGUGAACAAAGUUGUGGAAGUAGUAUUAACCAAAGCCAUUGUCUCAUUAUUUUCUUUCUUUUGUCAACUUUGUUUCUGAAACUUAUCUUUUGGUGAAUUGCUCCGUGGUCGUCAGUGAUGUAUCGAAAUCAACGACCCGAUGUCCCGAUUGCCGUUCCAUUUCUGUAAAGUUUGACUGGUGAUUGUAUCAACCAGAAUUUUCCGUUCCA